GAACACUUUCCUUAUCUGAAUCUGAGAGACGUGAAUUUGACAUUUCAGACCGUAACUGAGUAAUAUUUUCUUUAUAACACCUUGAAGGAGGAUUAAACAACAAAAAAAUCGCUUACUAGAACAUUUCAGUUGAAAGAAGGGACCAAGAAUAUUCAGCUCAUCUUUCCACACUGAGACAAUUCCUUCUCUAAUGCCUUCAGGAGCCUUUGCGUCAAUCACACGCGAGGUAGCCGCGCGCGAUAAAGUUCGUGCUCCGCAUCACGUUUGUAUGAGGUGUCGACGACAACAUGUUGAAAAAUACGUAAAAAAUCCUCUGAUGCGCACCAGAUCCUUUUUUCCCCUACGGUCAUAUCAAACAUUUCUUGGCUUUUAUUUAAAGAUUCGGUAAAAGACAUUCAAUGUAGCAAAGAAAACGGUAUUUUCUUAUGGAAAAUAACUGUAAAUACAAAUUGAGUAAGGAAGUAGUAUAUUUAAAGAAAGUAAAAUUUUUCACUUAUAGACUGAUAUAUAUCGAAUUAGAGUGGAUUGUAGAGUAAUAUAUUAUUGUAUUGACUUAUGGUCAAGCAUUAUUUUCAAUGAAAGUUCCAGAAUUGUCCGCUAAAACACGGGUCACCAUUAUUUAUGAUGAUAGUUUGAAAUUCAACCUGAUUCAUCGAUUUUAUUAGUUUCCAGGGUCUUAUUUCAACUCUUUAGCGAGCUUAAAAUAACUUACCUCCCAUGAAUACUUCAUUAUCUAAAUUCGACUAACUUUACUUAAUAGCAUAUGCCAUGAAACCAAGUAGGAAAAAUUGCCCGUGUAAACAUAACUUGUUUCUCCUCAAACGAAACAUUGCAUCCACCCACAACUCAGAUGAUUUUCGGAGCAGACUUGACUAAACCGAGUGUCUUGGAAAAUUUGUUGCAAUCGCCAGUUCCUUCAUUUUUCUGGAGACCGCAUGUUCAUUUUGUUGUUUUAUUCAGUGGAGUACUCACGAUCGAAGUUUAUAAUUUUUCCCAAAUCCUUUUUUCAUUCCCUUACCCUUGCAACUAAGCGAUUAAAAACCUAGAAACUCCAUUUUUGGUGUUUAAUACGAGGGUGUCUUGGUCGUGUUACGUUUAUUUGACUACAGUGCUGGGUACUCCUCAGCCUUUUCAGAUGUAUCGGUGGAAAAUCUAGAAGAAAAAAAAAGACGAAAUACAUUUAGAGAAUUAUUGAAAUUGGUAAAGGUAGUGGCAACUUUGCGCUUAAUUAUAAGAGUAGUCGGAUAUACAGAAAUAAAAGCAAUAACUUUAAAAUUGAGAAAAAGUUUUCAUUGCAGCUGUUCCCGUUACGGGAAUUGCUACGAAUUGCAAAUUUGCGUGCCGCCUUUUGUUGAAAAAGCGGAACAUAUCCCACGGUGUUUGGAGAUUGGCAAUGGAGUAUAUAAUAAUAGCAAAAUAGCCUUGAUAAACUAUUUUGGAACGAAUUUCACUUUGCAGUUUAUCUAUAUAGCAUUACAUGAGUUCUUGCAAUACAAAAAAUACAUCCGCUUUUACUGAAUUAGUAAAAUUUACAAGCCAUUAACCAUUUUUUCGUGAUUCGGGGGGAUAAAUUUUUUUUCAUUAGCGAACCAAACGUUGUCAUCUGCCUCUGUUUGAUCGAGGUUCAAAACAUCUGUCUCAACGUGAAGAUUAACAUACUGCCUGAUUAUCAUAACUGACCUCUUAUUUUUUUUCUUUAUUUUUCUUUUUGUCGUCUAAGUAAAAGAAAAUCGCAUUUCAGUCGCAAGCUGCGAAGGAAGUCAUCUACUAAUCAGCUAAAUUUGUGAUAUCGGCCAAGAAUUGGUGUAAUUCGGGAUUUCGUUUUUACACAGCGUUCUAAGCAAUAUUUUUUCAUUGACAAUCUUUGUGAGGAAUCCGCCAAUCAGCAGAUAUUCAAUUACAAUGGGCUUUUGUUCAAUUAUUUUCCUUGACAACCGCACUGUAUAAUUGGGAUCAAAUGUGUCUCACUUGUCUGUGAGAACAAUAGACUGUGGAGGGCGGCUUUGUUACCAACUUCCGCCAUUCUCCGCCAUACGGCAUGCUUUCAAUUCCUAGAAUUCUAUUGGCUCACAGCGGAACAAAGCGCCCCACACGCAGAAUAGCCACAAGGAAAACAGAUAUUGUUCCAUUCGGCAUUGUUCAAAGACGGCUUGGAUUUCCACCAUUUGUUUCUAUUCCAGUGUUGAAACUUCGCCUCGGGACCACCAAGAAGGUUCCGAGUUGAAGAUUUGCGUCUGAAAUUCGAGCUCGCUAGUUUGUAUAACUCGCGCGUUUUGCGCCUCGUGACGUGUUUCCUAUUCUAUCACGUGAUUACAAGAAAUGUCAUUUGUGUUCCAGUGAUAUUGCUAGUUGUGAUCAAACUCCAACAAUGGCUACGGUUGCGAGUGGAAUGAAUAACGCGAUCCCAAACGGACCUGAACUUGGUGAAGUGAAAAUAGAGAAAGUAGAUCAGAUCAAGACGAGCGAUCAGAACUUCAACUGGAAAAUAACGACGACGGUGCCUUCAUAUAACGAUGCCAAUUCCCUGAACACAACAACAACCGUAACAGAAAACACGUCUUCGGACAACAGUAAUAAUGUAGUAGUGGCAGAAUGUCCUCAAAUCGAUGCUGCUACUCUAAAGCUUGCUACUUUGCCAAUGAAGACACAGAUCAUGCCUGGCCCUUACUCUGAAGUUCAGCUGCCCAAGAAGGAAAAUCAUGUCAAACGGCCGAUGAAUUCGUUCAUGGUUUGGGCGCAGUCAGCGAGAAGAAAACUCGCCGAACAGUACCCGCACGUACAUAAUGCUGAAUUAAGCAAAAUGCUCGGAAAACUCUGGCGAAUGCUUCCCCCCGCUGAAAAGCAACCGUACGUGGAUGAGGCGGCAAGGCUAGACAAAAGACACAAAGAGGAAUUUCCAGACUAUAAAUAUCGACCAAGAAGGAAGCAGAAACCGAUGAAACGUCCGUAUGUUCAAACGCGAGUUGCUGUGACACCCGGGUGGCCUGCUGGACAGGCUCAAACUCCAAUCGCAAUGAACGGGACGGCUACCAUCGCAGCUCAAAACGGUACCUUUCCCACUACAGCCUUGACACAGAAUUCCCAAGUGGCUCAGGUUUUUCCUCAAGGAAUUCAGACAGUCCCAGUACAAGCAGUGAACAAUGGAGGCACGGUAACGUAUGCGCCAAUCGGUAGUGUAGGAUACGUACCAACGACUCCUAUUCCGGGAGGAAGUAUGAUUCUACGACCAACGUUCGUUACAACUGCAGUAACGAAUCCAACAUCAAUCCAACCUGCAGCUUCUGUAACCGUGCAGGCGGUCAGAUCUACCGUAGCAACAACUCUGGCGACUCCAAGUUAUGCUAUCCCGUUAACACAGUACGCUGGAGCGCCGAUUAUUGUUUCGAGCGGUGUCAAUAACCUGGUUAACUCUACCGACAAUACAAACAUGGCUACAGAAAAACCUACGGAAAACGUACCUCUGGCUACCAUAAGCAUUCCCGCUUCAAUGGCUGGGCCCAUGAACAAUCAUUUCGCCACUAUUGCGGCUGCAGGACUUGUGGCGCCUAAUUCGGAUCCUGUCCAACCCAAAACCUCGGAAAGCCAACAUGCGGUGGAUAAUAAUUCCGUUCUGACUGUUUCUGUGUCGAGAAAUGGCACUGAGAACCAAGUUGAUGCGUCAAACGCAGAGCAUCCACAGAGUAUUGAGGUGAAAACAGCUGAGGGAUGUCGGAUUUAAUCUUAAAUUACUGGCUGCCUCAUAAAUCUCGGUAGGCCAUAGCGUGCAAGUACUAACCCUAAAUUUUGUGUUUAUUUAUUUACUGUUAGUAAUUUGUAACAUGGUACUUUUCUUACGACUUCCUCGCUCGCUAGAACAGUCGUGUUACUCUCUGACUGUGGGUUCUCUCUGUCUUGCGAUUGUAAAUUCAGUGCACGUGUGACAGGCCUUUCUAUUGUGUACCUAGUUGAUGUACACUUGCAUCAAGGGUCGACAAUCUGGAGGCCACAAAUGAUUGUUCUUACAGAAUGAGUUUAUUAUGUUUUUGCCCAAUGUGCUUCACACGUCAUCGCCUCUCUCUUUUGUACGAUCCUUUCUACAAGAAUGUACUCGUAGUAUUUUCUAUUGUUCGGCAGUAUACUCCGGUUCAAAAGAUUUUUAAUUGUAUGUGAAAUUAACAAUUGUGACAUGUUUGUUUCGUUUUAAAGCACGUUCAGCCCAGCGCUAAGCUGUAGUUUUACCGCGCACUAUUCUAAUUAUGCCUGCGAUUUCACACGCCUUCCAAAAGCAAGGUGUGUCUGAAGACAGUUCCAGUAUGUUCGAAUCCUGACUUAUUCGAACGAUCAAUCAUUCGAUUCGUGUGACCGAUCAUUCGUUCGUAUACAAAUAGCAAUAGCGCUUUAUUUAUUGCGAACGGUGAAGACUGCAGUUGCUAUUUAUUUUAUUGAAUGGGGUAUAUUUGUCAGAGGUUAAAGGAUAUUACGAAAUUACUUGUUUAAAAUGAUUAUUACUUAGUGCGAUUUCGUGAAAAAAAAAAACAUCUGAAAGACAUAAGCUCGAAUGGUUUCUAAGCCAUUUGUUUCUUUGAGCAUUUGAAAAGGUUUUAUUGUUUAAUUUGACAGGACUGUGUACAUUUCAAGAGAGAUUUGUGAUUACGAAACUGCUUGUCAAUUGUUUUGAAUUAUUUCUGAUCAAAAUUUGGACAGACUAAGACAUGUUGGUCGACAAAUAGUUUUUUUUACCUUCAGUUGUUAAUAAUUUCAAGUACAGUUCUAGAAAAGAACAUGAAAAAUCAAGGAAAAUCUUAUAUUGUAUGUUUUGAAUACUUUUGGUGAUAACUUUUUUCUGGCAUGUAAUUUUGGUUGCUCACUGCUAACAUUUCCUUGCAACAAAUUAGAGCUUUGGUUUUCUGAGGAGUAAAUUACUGCUGUGGUAGGUUAAAUAAGUGUGAGACAUCGGGCAAAGCAUAGAAAAAAGGUCUUGUUAUUUUAUGGGGCUGGAGUUUGUUUGUUAGUUUGGCUCUCAAAGUCAAAAGACAAGUGCCAUAAGGUAUGCAUGCAGAAGAUCUGGGUCAAAUCCUAAAUAUUAAAUUCUACAAUUGUUCUUGUCUGAGCUGAUAAAUGUGAAGAUGCAAACCAAAGUGUUGAAAUUCUUCUGUGGCAAAAUGUAUGUAGAUGAUAUUCCUUAUUGUUCAUUGUUCUUAGAAAGUUAAGCUUUUUCAAUGGAAAUCUUACUAUUUCCAAGAUUAUUUUGUUCUUUUGAAACCAGCCCUGAGAAAUUGUUUUUGUUUUAAUUUUGAGCUUGAAUGAGUAAUUUUACCCUGCAUGUAUACUUUAUGACACUUUUUCUUGAGAGUACUAUAAUCUCCUUUUUAAUUGCACAAGUGGACAUUCACUUCUCAGUGAAUAAUUUUUUUCAUUUCUUUAUUAUUACAUAAUACUCAUUAUAAAGUUAUUCUUAAGACAAAGUUGAUCACAUAAAACUGCUUCAGUGUUGGUGCAAUGAACUUUUUAUUUUCUUUUGUUUUGUAAAAUGUAGCAGCAUAUUUAUGAAAGAAUACACAUUCAUCUUUCUGUAACAAAGAUUAACUGUAAUGGUAUCUAGUUACUUUAGACUUCAAGAGCCAUUUGUCUUAUUUAAGUGUAGAAGUUUGUAUUUUAAGGUGACUGUGUGUUAGUAGUGUACGUUCAUCUUGUGACAGUGUUUAUUACUGUACUUUUCAUGUUUUUGUAUUGUUUGUUUGCUAUCAUUGCUGAGGAUGUUAAAUUAAUAGCAAAAACUAUUGUUAAAGAAGAAAACAUGAGAGACAAUGUGCAGUUUAACAAUCCAGUUCAGAAUGUAAAUUUAAGGUGGUGACAAAGUUUUUUACAGAAUGUGAGACAGGUAUACACACCGCAAUCAGACAUAGAAUUUAUGUUAAAGAUAAACACCAUGGAACCCCAAUUCUUUGCCAAGGGUGGGAUAUGCUUACUACCUGUUAUGCAGAGUUGACAUUAAUUGAUAUUUUCCAAAAGGUUGAUGUUGAAUAGUUAAACAAUAGUAGUAUGGAAUGGUAGAAUUCUAAAUGUGAUGAUAUAGGCUUAUUUAACAAGGAUUACAUUACCAUUCAUAUUCAAAGUAGUUUAUAGACACAAAAAGUUAAUAAAUGAUGAAAAUACACACCAUUCAUUUAUUGUAUGAAAAUAGAUAAGCCAGGUUUCAAUGCUAUUACACAGUUGAUUUUACUUUUUCAAAUUAUGAUGGUAGAAGUAAUCUAGUAAUCAAGUCAUAGGUAAAUCAAAAUAGUAUGCUGAAUCUCUAGGCUAAUAAACAGUGAAUAGAUUUUUACCAUUUGUAAGAUAUUUUAUGCCUCUGGUUACUGUGUAACUGACAGAGUAAUUACCAGUAACUUUCUAAGAUUUAUGUGAACUUCAUAUUAUUGUAAAGAAAGGAUUUGACUGUUUUGUGAAAGCCUUUGGUACAAGUUUUAUUCAUUAUCAUUAAGCAAAUUCUUGGUAUCUUGGAGAUAGACCCAUGCACGCUACAAGUGCAUUAGAUUUUGAUGAACUAGAGGAAGGCUGAAAUGUUAAUCUUUAAGUAGUACUGUACAUUAUGGUAGCAACUUCCCUCCUUUCAUUUCUGUUGCCCUCCUUUUUUUAUACCAAAUGCAAAAUACAUUAAGAACCCAUAAUCUGAUCAAAAGUCCUUGCUUUUGAUCACACAUCGUUCUGUGAAGGGAAAACCAUUCAGGCCUUUCUCUUGUUUGUCUGGUGUAUGGUAUAUUGGCAGUCGGCUCUGCAUACGUUCAUUAUUAAUCAGAAAAUCAUUAUUUAAAAUGUAGUGUUUUUAAUUCAGAAUAAACGUAAUGAACAUCUUUAUGAA